CCCCUCUUCCCUCAACGCUGAACAAACGGUUGAAGUUUGCACUCUGUACCAUCGGCUUCCUCCCCGAAACUCACUCUAAACGUCGCUGGCACUCGUCUCUUCUUGCUCGCUGCUAGCUACUCCGAAUUCCUUUGGCAGACAUAACACCGAUCGAGCAGGGGAAACAUGGUCGCCCUCACCUCCGCUGCUGGUGUCAUAUCUCUCCUCGAUGAGAACGAGGACGAGCUGAAGGUCUAUGCUCUGAAGAAGCUUGACGGCAUCGUCGACCAAUUCUGGGCGGAAAUCUCGGACGCCGUUUCAAAGAUUGAGAUUCUUUACGAGGACGAGCAAUUCAAAUACCGCGAGCUUGCCGCCUUGGUUGCCUCCAAGGUCUACUACCACCUCGGAGAGUUUGACGAGUCUCUGACGUUCGCUCUCGGCGCUGGAAAGCUCUUUGACCUCAACUCCAAGAGCGAGUAUGUGGAAACGAUAAUCGCCAAAUGCAUCGACAAGUACAUCGCUGUGCGCGUGGAGCAACACGCGGCCGACCCUACUACUCCAGCUCCGAAGGUGGAUAAGCGUUUGGAAGAUGUGGUGCAGCGGAUGUUUCAGAGGUGCUUUGAUGAUGGCGAGUACAAGCAGGCCGUUGGUAUCGCGUUAGAGACGUUGCGGUUGGACAUCUUGGAAGCCGCGGUCAACAAAGGCGACGCCCAGUCUUUGCUGUCAUACCUUCUGGAUGCAACCAUGAACAUCGUUCAAAAUCUCUCGUUCCGUAACGAGGUGUUGCGAUUAAUGGUCAAGCUGUACAGAAACCUCCCGGAUCCUGAUUACAUUUCGAUCAGUCAAUGUUUGCUUCAUUUGAACGAUGCGCCAUCGUGCAGUGAGCUUUUACAGACACUUGCUCAGAAUGAUGCGCGACAUCACAUGCUUGCCUACCAAGUGGCCUUUGACUUGGAAGAAAACGCAACCCAGGAUUUCCUGCAACAGAUCAUUCAGGGGUUGGGACCUUCGUCGGAGGAGUCUGGGGAAGCAGCUGGGUCGGACGAGAAGACGCCUCUGCUGAAGACCGAGGCGGGCCCGAAAUCGGACGUGCUGAGCAAGAUCCACACCAUUCUGUCUGGGGAGUUGUCGAUUCGCCUGUAUCUCGAGUUUUUGACGCGGAAUAACAAGACGGACUUGUUGAUCUUGAAGCAAUCAAAGGACGCGCUUGAAUCGCGUAACUCCGUGUAUCACUCGGCCAUCACGUUCGCAAACGCGUUCAUGAGCGCCGGAACAACCAGCGACGAGUUUCUCCGACAGAACCUGGAAUGGCUUUCAAGAGCCACCAACUGGACCAAGUUCAGCGCAACGGCUGCUUUGGGUGUCAUUCACAAGGGACAAUUAGCCCAAGGGAUGGCUCUCUUAGCUCCGUACCUCCCACGAGAAGGCGUUUCUGCUUCAUCGUACUCGGAAGGCGGUGCCCUUUUCGCGAUGGGUCUCAUCCACACCAACCAUGGUAGCGGCGUCAUUGAAUACUUGCGAAACUCGCUACGGAACACGCAGACGGAGGUGGUCCAACAUGGAGCGGCGCUGGGGUUGGGUGUUGCUGGGAUGGCUACUGCUAAUGAUGAAAUAUACGAGGACCUGAAGACGAUCCUCUUCAGCGACAGUGCCGUCGCUGGCGAAGCCGCCGGACUGGCUAUGGGUCUGGUCAUGCUGGGAACGGCGUCCUCCAAAGCGAUUGAGGAGAUGCUGCAGUACGCGCACGAGACUCAGCACGAGAAGAUUAUUCGCGGGUUGGCGAUUGGGAUCUCUAUGAUCAUGUAUGGGCGCGAGGAGCAGGCUGAUGCGCUAAUUGAGCAGUUAGGCCUUGAUAAGGACCCCAUUCUUCGAUACGGCGGCAUCUACACCGUGGCGAUGGCCUACAGCGGCACCGGCAACAACAAGGCCAUCCGCCGCCUCCUGCACGUUGCCGUCAGCGAUGUCAACGAUGACGUUCGACGCGCAGCCGUCACUGCUUUGGGAUUCUUGCUCUUCAGGACCCCGAAACAAGUUCCUAGAGUGGUGCAGCUGCUGUCGGAGAGUUAUAACCCGCAUGUGCGGUAUGGCGCGACGUUAGCGUUGGGGAUUUCUUGUGCUGGGACUGGGUUGAAGGAAGCCCUAGACCUCCUGGAACCGAUGACAAAAGACACGGUGGACUACGUGCGGCAAGGCGCGCUGAUUGCCUUGGCCAUGAUCCUGGUGCAGCAGAACGACGUGCAGAGCCCGAAAGUGGCGACCACGCGGAAGUUGUUUGAGACGAUUAUUGCGAACAAGCAUGAGGAUGUAAUGGCCAAAUUUGGUGCGGUUUUGGGCCAAGGGAUCAUCGAUGCAGGUGGCCGCAACGUGACAAUCUCCCUGCAAUCCCUCUCCGGCCACCCCAAUAUGUCCGCGAUCGUGGGGAUGGCCGUCUUCACCCAAUUCUGGUACUGGUACCCCCUCACGCACUUCCUCAGCUUAGCCUUCACGCCCACGGCGGUCAUCGGGCUCAACAAGGACCUCAAGAUCCCCAAAUUCACGUUCCUAUCCAACGCCAAACCCUCGUUGUUUGCGUACCCGGCGCCGACCAAACCCCCGACGGAGGAGAAGGUGGAGAAGGUCGCCACUGCUGUAUUGUCGACUACGGCGAAAGCGGCGGCGAGGGCGAAGAAGGUGGAUGCGCAGAGGAGGGAGAGUUCGAAAGGACCCGAUGCGAUGGAGACUGAUGACAAGGAGCCUGUCGCACCUCAAACUACAACUGCGAAAGAGAGCAAAGACGUUGGUACUAAGAAAGGAGACGAAGCGACAGCCACGACACCCACCGAGAAGCGCAAGAAGCGCACGAAAGAAGACCCCUUCGAAGUGCUGGACAACAUGGCGCGCGUUGUGCCUGCGCAAUUGAAGUAUAUCAAGUUCAAGUCGGACACGCGGUAUGUGUCUGUCAAGAACCAGAUUGUUGGGGGCAUUUUGCUGUUGUGGGAUAAGCGACCGGAGGAGGUUGAGGAUAUUAUUACUGUGCGGGAUUUGGCUGCAGCUCAAGCAGCUGCGAAUGCUCACCCGGAUGAGGAAGCUGAGCCUGCGCCGCCUGCACCUUUCGACUACCCGCUUGAGGAUUAGAGAUGUUGUGACCGGGUGGGGAGGAAAAAAAACGGGACCUUCCUGGGGGGGGAUGUGGGAUGGAGAUCCUGAUGAGAGAUAGGAAUCCACGUUCGUAGAUGGGAAGAGUUGGGGUUGUCCUCAAUCCCCUCUGAUAUGAUAUCGAUGUCCAAGCUCCCCGCGAGAAAGCCUAUCCCUUGUUGUGAUCCGUGGUAUUCGAUGUAUCUUCUGCUGCAACCCCUACCCAAUACACAACGUUCAGAUGGGAAAAAGGUCCUACUCAGAAACAACCGUGAGUGCUACGUGUGUUCUGUCGACCUUUCUAGUUGUGUUUAUACGGGGACUGGCCGAGUGACACUGACAGCAAGUUGGGAACAUUCGGC